AUGUUUCAGAAGACGGAUAACAUUGAUUUUACUUCAAAAGAUUUGUUGGAAAGUAUUCGAGAACUUAUGGCAUUUUGUAAACAACAUUGUAGUACAAAGGGUUUAAGUCGAAAUUGGGGCUGCAGAGCUCAAGCAUGUCAUAAACAAACGGACAGAUUGAUGCACUACGGUUUCGAAAGAUUUGUAGCCGAUGCAAGAGGUGGUAAACGUGGCGAAGCCUUUUGGGAUUUGUAUCCGGACAUUGAGGAAGAAGCUCGUGAAUUUGCUAUACAAGCCUGUACAAGAAAAGCAGCGUCAUUCACUGUGGAAGAGUUGAGUCAUUUCAUAGACGACAAAUAUCGAGAAAUUAAUGAUCUAGAUAAAGAUGUACCUGGUUUGAUUCGUUUUGUACAAAGUUGCCGUCUAGAUCUACAAAAGUGGGGCAUCAGCUAUUCGCCAAACAAAAGCCGUCCAUAUCUUUUGGGCCAUGAGCGCCCGGAAGUUAUUGAGCAUCGUGAGAAAAUAAUUGACUAUUUUCUGUCGAGGGAGAACUUUUACUAUCAAGUGUCAGAAGAAAAUGAUCCAAAAUGGGUACAUCCGUCAGU